CCUACAUAAGAUGUACAGACAGAUCACGCCUUCUCAGGAGCCAGACAGCCUCUGAGAUCUGGUAGUAACGCAAUCACACAAAUGAAGCCACUCAACAAUGGCGAUCUCUUCAAAUCACAAACCUUCGUCAAAUUCUUACUCUUCUUCUUCAUCUCAGUAACUUUUUUUUACCUGGGAAAGCAUUAUUCCGACAACAACAACAAUCAAGCUCUCAUUUUUUACAGUUCUAAACAGUCCCCUCUAUCUUUCUCCGUCACUCUCUCUCCUAACUUGAACAAGCAAUUCAACAUCUCGUCUAUAAUAAACGACACCGUUUCUGGGUCUGAGCCAGAAACAGCUCCGGGUGGUUCAGUCACCGAUGCGAAAAAUUCGCCACCGCCGGAGACUGCUCCGGCGCCGCCGGUGGUGCAGAGGAUGGGGGUGAUUGAUGAGAAUGGGGUGAUGAAUGAUACUUUUGAGGUGGGUGAGUUCGAUUCGAGUGCGGUGGAGGAGUGGGAGAGUGAGAAUAGGACUGAGAGUGUGGAGGGGGAGAGUGGUGGAAAGAUUAGUGUGAAGAAAUUUGGGGUGUGUGAUAUGAGUAUGCGCGAUUAUAUUCCGUGUUUGGAUAAUGUGGAGGUGAUCAGGAGUUUAGAGAGUAGUGAGAAAGGGGAAAAGUUUGAGAGGCAUUGUCCCGAGAAGGGGAAAGAAUUGAAUUGUUUGGUUCCGUCACCUAAAGGUUACCGGACUCCUAUUCCGUGGCCUAGAAGUCGGGAUGAGGUAUGGUUUAGCAAUGUUCCACAUGCACGUUUGGCUGAAGAUAAAGGUGGUCAGAAUUGGAUUACAGUGGACAAAGACAAGUUUAAGUUUCCAGGAGGUGGAACACAGUUCAUACAUGGGGCUGAUAAGUACUUGGAUCAGAUUUCAGAGAUGCUCCCUGAUAUUGCAUUUGGCCGUAAUACACGGGUUGCUUUGGAUGUUGGAUGUGGUGUUGCGAGUUUUGGUGCUUAUUUGAUGUCACGGAAUGUGCUUACUAUGUCUGUAGCUCCAAAAGAUGUUCAUGAGAAUCAGAUUCAAUUUGCGCUUGAGCGUGGCGUACCUGCAAUGGUGGCAGCUUUUGCAACACACCGAUUGUUAUAUCCAAGUCAGGCUUUUGAGCUAAUACAUUGCUCGAGAUGUAGAAUUAAUUGGACUCGUGAUGAUGGCAUCUUGCUUCUGGAGAUCAACAGAAUGCUACGUGGAGGAGGAUACUUUGCUUGGGCAGCGCAGCCUGUUUAUAAGCAUGAACCACUCUUAGAACAACAGUGGGAAGAAAUGGUUAACCUUACCACCCGCCUUUGCUGGAAUCUUGUAAAGAAGGAGGGAUAUAUUGCAAUAUGGCAAAAGCCUAUGAACAAUAGUUGCUAUUUGGAGCGGGAGCCAGGGACCCAACCACCAUUGUGUGAAACUAAUGACGACCCGGACAAUGUUUGGUAUGUGAACUUGAAGGCAUGCAUCACACGGCUACCUGAGACUGGAUAUGGAGUUAAUGUCACAACUUGGCCUGCACGAUUGCAGAAUCCUCCUGACAGGCUUCAAAGCAUACAACUCGAUGCUUAUAUAUCACGAAAAGAACUCUUUAAGGCAGAAGCAAAAUAUUGGAAUGAAAUAAUAGAAAGCUACGUACGUGCUUUGCACUGGAAGAGUUUCAAGCUUAGGAAUGUGCUGGACAUGAAAGCUGGUUUUGGAGGAUUUGCAGCAGCAUUAAUAGAAAACAAAUUGGAUUGUUGGGUUAUGAAUGUUGUUCCUGUAAGUGGGUCUAAUACCUUGCCUGUUAUUUAUGAUCGUGGACUUCUGGGGGUUAUGCAUGACUGGUGUGAACCUUUUGAUACAUACCCGAGAACCUAUGAUCUCUUGCAUGCAAAUGGACUUUUCUCUGUUGAGAAAAAGAGAUGCAAUGUCUCUACCAUUAUGCUAGAGAUGGAUCGAAUUCUGAGACCUGGUGGACAUGUAUAUAUCCGUGAUACCCUUUCAGUAAUGGAUGAACUUCAAGCUGUGGGAAAUGCCAUUGGUUGGCAUGUAAGUAUGCGUGAAACAUCCGAGGGUCCUCAUGCAAGUUAUAAGAUCUUAACUUGUGAUAAACGUCGGAAGUAAAUCAAUUGAAUUAGGUAUUGUAGUUCGAUUUGUUUUAAGAUGGACAAAGCAUGGUGGAGCUUGUUUUGACAGCGCACUACUUUGAGGUUUAUGGAGAUAACGACGUUCAAGUGGAGUCCAAUGUUCUGCAGCAAGGGAGGACAGUAUGAAAGUUGUACAAGCAUUUGAGAGAUUCCCCAGCGUUCAGCAUGUAUCAAGCAAAUGUAUAGCAUCAUCCAGUGUUAAAAGAAAAACGGACGCACCAGUAUAGUAAAAGAAAUGCAGAUAAGAUAUUUCCAUUUACUUUUCUUGUAAUAUUUAAUUAAUUUAAUUUCUUAAUAUAGUAAAGAUUAAACUGAUAUCUGAAGUCUUCACUGGGUUUAUAACAUUACAUUCUGUUUCUCAAAUCCAGGGAGAUCAAAUGGCUUUCUAUAGUGCUUCUGUUGUUUUUGAUGUUUUUUUUUUAAAAGAUGUUUUUGAUGUUUGGUAUA